UAAUGUGUCAUGUUUUGCUUUAUUCCCCUAGCCUGACAGUUUCACAGCUUUAAAAGAGACCAGACAAACAGCUGGAAUCAAGUUUUGCAGCAUUCGCAGGGUGUGUGUCUUCUGCACCUUAUUGAUUUAUUUUAAUUUUUUUGCUGUUGAUAUUAGACCGAAGACUGGAACAUGGCAGUUCAUUUCUAAUAGCGCUGACUCACGCCGUAGCCCAUUGGCGUCUCAGCAUUAAAAGGCAGCGAGUCAGAGACAGAAGCGUAGCACCUUCUUCCCCACUUUGAUGAGAGACGCUGCUUUACUGCCCCACUGCUCUGUACUCAACUCUUACUUGCACACUACAAUCUUUCAGCCAUCCAUCUAAUACGUGCCGCCUUACAAUGCUUCUCGGUUUGAUGUUCUGAUCUAACAUUCAGGGCAGCUUUGAGGCUGAGUCUCUCUCUUUUCUUUCUUUUAUCGUUUGAGUAUCUGUCUGAUGCUGUGUUGGCACAUCUGAUUGGGUAUGCAGACUCUGUACUGAGCAUGCCAGCCUGUGACAGGGACUGCAAUGCAGAGCUGCUCUCCUGGCACACACCAUUUGUUUGCCCUUAAUGUAAAUAAUCCUGAACAUGCAGCCGAUCAAGGCAGAGACGGUUUCUGAUGGAUUAUGUGUCUACACGCAUUCGGGUUGGUGCAUGUGGGGUGCACAUUCCUGUUCUUGUCUUUUCUUCGUGUGUUGUCGCUCAAAUAAAAGUGAGUCAAUGGUCUCUCUCUCUUUCUGUCUUGCCUGUCUUUUGUCUCCAUCGCACAUGAACACGUUUACUCUCUGCAGGGCAGUUAUCCGCAUCAGACUCUCUCUCUUUCUCUGUCUCUCUCACUCACUCACUCUCUCUCUCUCUCUCUCUCUCUCUCUCUCUCUCACACACACACUCUGUGUCCUUAAAUGACUUUCCUUCAGUCUCACUCCCUCCCCCUCUCUCCCUAGUCUCUGUGUCUGUGCCUAUAGCCUCUCUCCCCCUUUCUGUGACAUACAGUAGAUGGUGCAUCGAUUGCACACAGACGCUUGCUUUCCCUCUCGCUGGCUCAGUCUUGUGCGGGGAGGAAGAGGACGGAUUGAGACGUAUCUCUCUGCUUCUCAAGGUACCUUUCCUCAUGCUGAGCUGCUGUGACGAGACUGGCCGCAUUCUCUUUCUCUCAUCUCAGAAGAUUCUGCUAUAGAGAUGUCUGGUGAGAACAUCCUGUCUUCUCCAGAGAUCUGAAACGGGCAUUAUGUCUCAGCUCUUGCACAUGGAGAUUCCAAACUUCGGCAGCACUGUUCUGGACAGCCUUAACGAACAGCGGCUGCUGGGCCAGCACUGCGAUGUGGCCAUCAUGGUCAACGGACAGGCCUUCAAGGCCCACCGUGCUGUUUUGGCGGCCAGCAGCCUCUACUUCCGUGACCUGUUCAGCGGUAGUGCCCAGACGCUCUUUGAGCUGCCCUCGUCCGUGGCCCCGUCCUGCUUCCAGCAGAUUCUGUCAUUCUGCUACACGGGCCGGAUGACGGUGAGUGCCAGCGAUCAGCUGAUGGUCAUGUACACCGCAGGCUACCUUCAGAUCCAGAACAUCGUAGAGCGAGGGAUGGACCUCAUGUUCAAGGCCAGCGCUCCAUACUGCGAUUCGCAGACAUCUGCCACGGAUGAUCCCCCGAGCCCAAACAACAACAACUCCUCCCUGUUGCUAGGUGACCAGCCCACUACUGUCUGCAGGAUCAAGGAAGAGAAGCUGGAGACCCCGGUGUGUGCUCAGAACGGGGAGCUAAAGCACUCAGAGGAGGACAGGGGACCUAGGGGCAGAUCUUCAAGGAAUGGUACUCUUUUCUACACAAGUGGAGGUGCAAACGGGAUCAUACCUGUGAUGCAUGCUUACGAGCACUCGACCCGAGAUCAUGCCAGUCCCAGUGCCUCUAGCCUCCCGACCACAGACAGCCCAACUUCACACCAAAAUGAAGAGGAGGAAUUUGAAGACGACUCAUAUGAGAGCCUGACAAAUGGGAAGAUCUUCGGGGGCUCGUCCGGGAUCUACGGCAGUAAAUGUCAUUUAAUGGACUUCUCUUUUGCUCCAUUGCAACUCAAAACACUACGGAUUUAUCCCUGUGAGUGUGAUCUGUUGUGUGUCUUACCAGUGCAGGAGAAGAUGGAGGUGUCCUCCCUGCCUCUGUCUUUGGAGAACCGUUUCUGUGUGCUGUUAGGAGGAGACCGAGAGGCUCUGCCUGCCGGACUCAUCAGCCAGAUCGGCUACCGUUGCCACCCUGCUCUCUACACAGAGGGCGACCCUGGAGAGAGACUGGAGCUGAUUGCAGGAUCUGGUGUCUUCAUGACUCGUGGGCAGCUGAUGAACUGUCACCUCUGUGCUGGGGUCAAACACAAAGUCUUGCUGAGACGUCUUCUAGCUGCUUUUUUUGACAGGAACACACUGGCUGACAGCUGUGGGACUGGAAUACGUUCCUCCAACUGUGAUCCAAAUCGCAAACCACUGGACAGUCGUAUACUCAACACAGUCAAACUUUACUGUCAGAACUUUGCCCCUAACUUCAAAGAAAGCGAGAUGAAUGUGAUUGCCGCAGACAUGUGCACCAAUGCCCGUAGAGUUCGCAAACGCUGGCUCCCCAAGAUCAAGUCCAUGCUUCCGGAGGCAAUCGAGGUGUACAGGGGGACUGCGGUCCUGAGCCAGGUGGAAGGAGCUACCCAGCCAGGCGGUGGCUUUCCCUUUGAGUCAGAGUUCAAACACCUGGCAGCAUCAAAUCUGACUCUGGAGCAGCAUCUCUAUGGAGACUGCAGAGAGACACUGAGGAAUGGUUCUCACUUCAAUUUGGAAGAGAGGUCCCAAAAAGGUGAAGAAGCCAAGACUGAGCCAAACCGAGCCAAAGAGCCAGACAACCUGCAGGAAGUUGAAAGGCUUCCGGAGAGUCCCGAGAGAGCGGGCAGUGUGCUCGCCCUCAACCCUGCCAGCAAGAAAGGGGAAAAAGAGCAUGCAGCCAGCAGCCCCAGAUCACAGAGAGAGGAACAGAACAGACAGAGACCACUAAAAGACGAUCAGUGACUUCCUCCACUUCAUACUAUUAAAAACUGGUCUGCAGCUUCUCACACCAAAAAGGAUCAUUAUCAGUAAAGGCAAUCUCCCAUGCCACUGAACAUAACAUUAAAGCUGCAUGAUCAUGGAACCUGGACAUACAACAUUUUUUCCAGGAUAGACUGAAAAACGUCUGCGUUAAAUACAGUUGUGAUUACAAGUUUACAUACUUCUUGAAGAAUCUACAAAAUGUUUGUUUCUUUCUUUUAAAAAAAGUGAUCAUAACAACUGCACUUUAGUUUAUUACUCACCUUAUGAAGCUGUUUGAGAGAUAUUUACAUAUAUUCCACAAGACAAAAUAAUUAAAUUCACACAUCUGCUUCUUUUCAAAGGUUUACAUACCCUUGUAUUUUAAUAUCAUAUAUUGCCUUCUCAAGCAUCAGUGACUGUUUGUAGGUCUUUUGUGAGAUAGUUGUGCAUAAGUUUCUGUUUUGUCCUGAGCAGUUAAGCUGUUCUUAACAAAGCCUCCAGGUCCAGUAAGUUAUUUGGUUUCCCAGCAUGCUCUGCACAUUUGAGUUCUUCCCUACAGUGGCUAUAUAAUGCUGAUAUCCAGUUUUGCUGCUCUGGACAAUUGAGGGACUCAUGCAAAACCUUGGUGCUUGAGGCAACUCACAAUAUUAGGAAUCAAAGGUAUGCAAACGUCUCAUUAGGAAUUUUGUGUAGUUUUUUUUUUUAAAUUUACACAAAUAUCUGUUAUUCAGCUUCUUCAGGGCAUUACUAAAUUACAUUUUCAUGAUCUUAUUUUAGAUUAUUUAUCUUACCGAUUCCCUAAGGGGUAUGCAAACAUCUGAGCACGAUGUUUUA